UAUAGGCGUGCAUAUUCGCAAGCUCUCCAAGAAGGUAAAGCAAAAAAUAAUCGAAUUCCGAUUAUGCUGGUCGGGCAAGACCGAGGCGGAAAGACGUCGCUGAUGAGACGUCUUUUGGGAUUACCAUUCAACAAAUAUCAACCCAGUACCACUGGUAUUGACGUUAAUGUUAUCGAGCUAUCAGAACAAAACGCGGAAGAUCCCUGGAAAAAAAGAGAAGUGAAGAAGUUUAUGACCAGUGAAAGUGAGGCCAGGACUGUGUUAUACAAAAAAACUGCCGAGUACCUUGAUAGAGGAAUUCAGAGGAAUUUAGAAGACAAUGAUAGUGACCUUGACAUUGAUAGUGGAGUUCAGGAGUAUUUUGAAGGGGAUGCGCCAGAACCAGUGAAGCCAGUCAAGAGAAGAAAAUUAUUAAGUGAAGAAAUCUCAGAAAUCAAAUCGCAGGCUAAUAUUUUGACCACUGAACACGACCAGAAAGAAGUUCUUCGGGUAUUUGUAAGUGACUUUGCUGGACAGUCAAUCUAUUACGAUACCCAUGGCUGCUUUGUGAAACCGCAUUGCCCUUAUGUUUUAGUUCACGACCUUUCUCUGGAGUUUGAUAAACCCGCCGUUCCCAGGUUUAAAGCAAGUGAGGAAGAGGAAGAGAUAGAAAUGAAGAAUCCUCAUCUUAAUACCAAUUUAGAUCAUUUUACAUCGUGGCUGAAGUUUCUGCAAGGUUUGGGAAGAUGCCAAGAUCAACAGUUUCCCAAUAAAUCUGGUCACUGUACCACUGCAAAAGGUGAGAACUUUAAACUGCCACCAAUUUUAAUAGCCUUUACUCACAAUGAUAAGGUGAAAGGCAACGACAGCAAAUUAGAUUGCGUACAAAAGAGAAUCAACAAGGUCUUGUCUGAAGGAAAAUAUGAGAUUGUCGUCCCAGAGUUUUUCCUGAUCGACAAUACAUUGGAAGGCGACGAUGGAGACGACGUGCGAAAGCUUCGUAGAAAGCUUUUUGACCUCUCGAAUGCAGUCCUUGACCAGGAGAUUUUAAUGCCUGUGAAGUGGCUAGAUUUUGAAGCUGCUCUAAGCCAGAAGCUAUCACUAGAUUGCAAGUAUAUCCCAGUUGACGAAGCUAAGCGGAAAGCGAAGGCCUGUGGCGUUGGGGAGUUUGAUCAAGCUAUCAAAUUUCUACACCGCCAAGGUGUGGUCGUACACCACAGUGGAUCAAGCAAGGUUGUUUUGGAUCCUCACUGGCUAAUGAAUCGCUUUACGAAAGUGAUCUCCAUGCCUGGCAAAUUGGAUGCAUUGUCGAGGCACGCUCUUGAUGUGUUCAGGCAGAACGGCAUUUUGUUUCGAGAAUAUCUUCACAAGCUGGAAGACGCAGAACUUUUAGAAGAGCUUAUGCAAAUGUUUAAUUUGAUUUGUCUUUGCCAGCACGAUGGAAAGGCAGCUUUUUAUGUCCCUUCAGUUGCUCCAACUAUGAUAGCAGGAGAAGAGUUGGAAGCUAACAAUGUUCCAUCGCUGUUUGUAACAUUUCCUCGCCAACUUGUACCGAUGGGCCUGUUUACGAAGCUUCAAGUGAGGUUAAUUUCUGAUUGGGAAAAGCGCUUCCCCAAUCAACAAGCCACGCCUUCUUUCUACUGCAACUACUCCUUGCUUCCGCUUAUUAUAGACGGCGACGUGUAUGAUGUUUGUUUAAUCGACCUGCACGAGGUCAUUAAGGUUGCCGUUUUUCCAAAACAGGAUGGCAACCAUUUCAAGUUUGCCAGUCAUCUCUUAGCCACUCUGAAAAAGUGCUUGGACGACCUUAAAUCUCCAGACCAACUAUUAUUCAGCAUGACCAGCUAUAACCUCGAAGUGGAGUGUAGCUGCUGUUUUGGUAAAGAAGAAAGGAAAUGUCCUCGUCAUCAUGAGAUCCAGUGUCAUUCAGACCGUUGUGGGCACCGCCACUUCUGGAAGCUUAGUGACCUUCAAAGAUUCUACAACGAUAAAUCCCCUGCAGUUUGUCGGUCGGACAAACGCUCGUCCAAGGUGUUUGACAUAAAGAAUGUAAAAAUUUGGCUCAAUACUGGUAAGUGGCUAAUGCUAAAGACGUUUUUACUUUGCCAGUUUUGAAAUGUUUAGUUGACAUGUAUUUUUUGUAGAAAUGUAUUUUUUAAGUACUAUUUAAAACACGAGCAGCAGUGUAUUAUCAGAUAUAAAGAUACGAGACGAAGCCGAGUAUCUUUAGGUCUGAUAAAACAUGCACUGCGAAUGUUUUAAAUUGCUUCAAAAAGAUCGAUGUAGUAAGUUCAUUGGCGAAGUAAUUUUUAAAAACUACGUUGUGUAAGUCGAGAAAAUCAAAGUUAAAGUUUAUGUAAAUCAAGGGACAUCUCUAUCACAUAUGAAGAUACGACACGCUUAUGACUUUCCGAAAGUCUCGCGACAUCCCUCGUGCAUGGAUCACGCAAUCCUGCACGGAAAAUCAUUCGGUAUUCCUUUAUUGUCGUACCUUCACAUAAUACAAAAUACAGUACUUCAUUGAAUAGUAAACUGAUAAAUUACUGAAUGGAAACCCGUAUGGGAAUCAAUUCGCGUUGCGCGUACACGGUUAUUUUUAAAUUUUUAAAAAUUUUCAUAUAUUUUGUAUAAAAUGACAAAAAUAUUUGAAAAUUUAAUCUUUUUACUAUACAACAAUGAAUUUCCGAAAUGUAUAAUGUAGGUAUGUUGUUUUGCAUUUUGUGAGCUUUAAUUUAAUAUAAAAUUUAAUCUGGAACGCUUCGUUAAACGAGCGAGAGCCAGUUGCAGGUAAUCCUAGAAUGUAGUUUUUCUACGCCUGACACACUUAUGACAUGUGUGCUAUGGUUUGUCGUGGCUCUUAACGCCUGAUUCCACGGGCGCUUUCUUUGGCGAAAUGAAUUAGGUGCAUGCGCAGUAAAGAUAAAUUAGGCUUCGUGAGAAAAAAUUUCGCUUCACCAGUGAGUAGAAGUCAGUUCUAGUCACUGCGAAAGCGGAAAAAGUGGGAAAAUUCAAUAAGAAUCUCUCAUGUGCAACCAUCCGUAUUUCGCAGACACAAUUUCUCGCGAGGAAUUUCGCCGUCGUGGAGUCAGGCCUUAACAAAGUUAAGUUGUCAUUUGUUUCGCCUCUGGUUAUUCCGGCUCUUGCAAUAGUUGGUCAACUACACGUCCCAUCAUAUAGGUAUAGUGUUUAUUAAGAGGCAAUAGCCUAUAUAGGCAAAUUAGGAAACGUUUGAAAAUCUUGAAGUUUUCUUGAAUGUUUCACUGUUUGUCCAGCUUUGGAAACAGUUCUCACGAAGCAAACGUAUUUCCCAAUAAAUUCAGAAGCAUAUUUUGUUUCUCCAUGUGAUUUUUUAGCGGAAACAAUUGUUUCUUGUUUGUUCACUUUCGAGAAGAAAGCUGCAUAUAGGAGACAUUGUCAGUUCCUGGUUUGCUCAGCUUCGGGAAACAUGGCUAAGAAACAAUGCUUCCUGGUUUGUUCACCUUCGAGAAACAUGGCUAGGAAACAAUGCUUCCUGGUUUGUUCACCUUCAGGAAACAUGGCUAAGAAACAAUGUUUUCUGGUUUGCCCACCUUCGAGAAACAUGGCUAAGAAACAAUGUUUCAUGGUUUGCUCACCUUCGGGAAACAUGGCUAAGAAACAAUGUUUCAUGGUUUGCUCAGCUUCGGGAAACAUGGCUAAGAAACAAUGUUUCAUGGUUUGCUCACCUUCGGGAAACAUGGCUAAGAACAAUGUUUCAUGGUUCGCUCACCUUCGGGAAACAUGGCUUGGAAACAAUGUUACCUGGUUUACCAACCUUUUGAAAUAAAAACAUUUCUGAAGAUAAUUCUAUCUUGUCUUUUAUUAUAGACACCAUUGAUUCACAAAAACCAACACAGGAAAGCAAGAAGUCAUCGAAAGAAAGCCCUAUGUGUAGUUCUUGUGCUUCAAAAGACGAAACACCGCUUUCAAGUGACCGGGACAAAUGGCCCAUUGGUAAAAUCGAAAAUAGUAGUAUUCACGAAAUUCGCAGACUGCUCGACGUAGCUAAACGUAGCAAGGAACCACUUAUGAGCGCUUUAGGUGGCUUUGACCAAACAACGGCUGCAUAUAUUGAAACGAAAUAUGAAAGACAGGGAGGAGUGGGGACUGCCCAAGAAGUACUCGACAAGUGGGGAUCAAGAAAAAAAGAAAAUAAUGUGGGGGCUCUUAAGAAGAUUCUUGAAGAUACCAUGCAAAGGGUUGAUGUUGUUGACGAGAUUGAAAAAUGGGAGAAGUUGUCUGUUUGUCAUGGAUGCGGUAUUAAAUUGAACCAACCACACUGAUCUUAAUAACACUACUGAAUGGAAAUCAUAUUUCUAUAAAUAUUAAGUGUACAAAUUUAAUAACAUUUUGGCUAUUGCAAAUAUAACGGCCAAAUAAAAGCUCAUGUGUUUGUACAGACAGAUAAAUACAUGGUAAUUUAGGAUAUUAAUUGGUAUUUUAGUAAGUUAAUUUUGUAAUUUUUUUAUGUGUGAUCUAUUCCUUUUGCUAAUGGUAUUAAUCCAUUUAAUUUGCAAAAAUCAUUUAGUUUUGCCUAAAAUAACUUUAUGACUUCUAUAUAAUUAACAGCAAUUGCACCUAAUUAUAAAAUUAAUUAACUACUACCAC